UCCACUGACCGCCCGUUGUCCCAUGGACUUGAAGUUGACUCACUUGGACUGGAGCCCAGAAGCAGAACUGAUUCACUUCCAGGGACAGUGGCUCACGUUGCACGAAAAUGACUACAAGUGCCUGCAUGAAGAGAUACAGCGCUCAGAGAAGAGCAGCGCUGUGGUGGAUGUCGGAGAGCUUUGCCUCGUGCAGGAUGGGACUUCUGCUCUCUGGUUCAGGGGAAGGGUUCAGAACCGAACGGAGGACUUGUUUGAGGUUUACCUCAUCGAUCACGGCAACGUCCUGACUGUUGAUGCCACCCACAUGUCUUCAUGCUCAAAUGAGGUCUUCAGUCUGCCGGCCAAAGUAACCUGUGGAUUCCUAGCGAACGUGCUGCUGCUCCCAACGUGUCCUCCUUUAGUGAUGAAGGACUAUUUGUCGAGCCUGGUUUGGAGAAACGUCACAGGUUACGUUGAAGCCACCCUUUCUGACGAAGUGCUGUUAUUGGAAGUGCCUGCCAUUAACAGUGACCUUGUUCAGCAUGGCUUUGGGAGGCACCUAGACACAGAUACUUUCCUCUUCUUGGUUGAGCUGCUUACAGAGGUGCCACUCACACAAAACACAAGGCCCUGUCCCGAGCUCGCCAUUGAAAAGCUAAUAGAACAGGAACUUACCUUCAAGCCAUCCAGUUGGAGAGGAUACAAGGAUCUUCUCCCAUUUUUCGGACCUAGAUUGAGUUGUGGAACACGUGCCCAAGUGCGAGUAACUGCUGCUCUCAACGCCGGGUGCUUUUACUGUCAGGUGGCCAAUCAGGACACAGCUUUUUCAGACAUGUCCAAGAAGCUGAAUAUGAUUGGGUGCAAAAAUGAGGGUCACAGUCUGACUACUGAGAAAAUUAAUCUACUGUGUUCCGUGAAAGGCAAAGAUGGAAACUGGUGCAGAGGCCUUUUGCCGUUUCUCCCCGUUGGCUCUCAAGUAAGAGUGUUUUUGGUGGAUUAUGGGUAUUUUGAGACCGUAAAAGUCGAGAACAUCCACAGGUUGCCUCCUGAUUUAUGCUCAACACCCUUCAUGGCGUUUCCAUGCUUGCUGUCCUCUCUGACUGAACAGGAUGAGGCGCACAGAGCUCAGCAGCUCAGUUUGCUGAAGGAAGGCCUGCUGGGAGGCAGAUUGGACAUGGAGAUCAAGAGCUUUGAUGAAGCACAGCAUCUGUACUUGGUCACUAUAAAUGGGGUUGAAGAUGAUCACAAAACGGAUUCAGAGCAUGUCCAGCAGAUUCCCACGGCAAUGGUUGAAGAAAGGCCACCUCUCCGUAGCCACGCUCGUCACAAGAUGGAUAUGGCCAGUGCCUUGAAACAGACAUUGGAAGAAGAAGCCAUAAACAUUGGCUCAGGCUUUAUUGGCUAUGUCGAAUAUGCCGAGAAUCCAAACAAUUUCUGGAUCAGAACACAAAAGCGCAACAAAGAGUUUGAAGAAAUGAUGAAGGAGAUGGCAGACCACUUCAGUCGAGUGAAGCUGGAUGAAGAUGUACUAAUGAAUCCAGAGCUCGGGACAUUGUGCUGUGCAAUGUAUGAGAAGGACAUGCACUUCUACAGGGCUGUAGUCACAGACAUUCUUGAGCAAGGAGUUGAAGUCUUAUUCAUCGAUUUUGGAAACAUUGAAAGGGUGCCAUACUCGUUAAUCAAAAGCAUACCCGAAGCAUUUGCCAGCAAGUCAGCAUUUGCCUUUUGUUGCAGUCUUGCUAACAUCAUUGCCUAUGAUGUGUGGACUACCAAAACAUCCAGCUUUUUCAGAAGAGCUGUGUUCAACAAGCCCUUGAUGGUCCACGUUGUCGAGAUGAAAAACUCCAAAAUGGAGAUUGACCUCUGUGAAGUCAAAGGUCUCGAGAGGCAAAGUGUCACUGAGCUCCUGAUCAGCUUUGCCCGAAGUGAAUGCCUUCAUCUGAAGCCUGAGUCGCGAAAAAACAGAAAAGGAACCAGAAGGAAGAUAUGCCCACAACACGUCAGUUCUACAGAGCAGUACCAGAACAGAGAGGAUGGAGACAGUGCUAAAUACAUCUAUACAGCUCGGGAGCUGAUGGCUUUUCAAGCUUUGAGCAUCAAUUCUGGCGUGGCAGACAUUCUCAACCAGGAUUUGGCAAGGACAACGCUAUCAAAGCAACAGUCAGACGUGUUUCCUGAAACGUUUUUGUACUCCUCAUAUAAUCUGAAUCCCGGAUGUGAAGAGCAAGUCCAUGUCACCCAUGUUAACAGCCAGUGGGAGGUCUACUGUCAGCUUGACAAAAACACUGAAAUCGUCAACGACCUUGAACAGAAAAUCUCAGAGAAGAGCGAAAAAAUGAUGGAAGACAAAACCAGAGCCAUUGUGAAGAAUCUGUGCCUGGCAAAGUACUUCGAUGGCACUUGGUAUAGAGCCGUGGUACAUGCUACUCCGAGUCCUUCGCACUUCAGAGUGUUCUAUGUGGAUUAUGGAAACGUAACCAUCUCUGAGAACAGUGAAGUCAUCUUCAUUCCCAGCGAUUGUGUGGAUUUGUUGCACAUCCCCAUGCAGGCUAUGAGGUUUUGCCUCGAUUCCGUGCCAAAGGGAGAUCUGAAUGUUGAUGUGAAAGAAUGGCUUGAUGACGCAAUCCUCAACAAGGAACUUCGGGCAGUCAUUCGUAGAAACAACACGGAUGGCUCAUUUGAUGUUGAGCUGUUUGACGGGGAAGUUAGCAUCAAUGAGAAGGUGAGAGAGCUCAGUCACAGCUGUUCCAGUCAGCCGAAGAGCAUGAAAGCACAGGACAGCAUGGACGCACAAGAGGGCGAGGAUGUGCUGGACGCCCAAGGCGCCGAGGGCCCGCAAGACACACAAGACAGCGAGGAAACACAACUGAGCAUGGAAGCACAAGACAGAAAGGAAACGCUAGACGAACAAGGCGGCGAGGGUGAGCCAGACGAACAAGGCAGCGAGGAAACGCAACAAAACAUGGAAGCACAGGACAGCGAGGACGCUUUAGGCGAGGAGGACGCGCUAGACGCUCUUGAUGGCAAGGAGGCACCAGACGAUGAGGAAAGACCAUUUGGAAAGGAAAGACGGGAUGGUGAGGAAGCACAAGACGACCAGUUGGUUUGUAUGCCUGGCUUCACCUCACCCGAGCAAAAUACAAGCAUCCCAUCAGCCGCUGAAAUGGAAAAUAGGGACAGAGAAGGAGAACCAUGGAGAGCUCUGGAGGCGAGCACUCAGCGGCUUCCCUUCGCUCCAGUCAAAGCCGGCAAGCCGUACCUUGCCUUUGCAGCUUCCGUUACUUCCCCCGUGGAAUUCAGCGUUGUCCUGGAUGAAUUGCUUUUCGUCAUGAACCAAGUGUCCACCAUGCUGGACGGUCUGACGGAGCAGCCGUCUCCCCUCCCCGAAGCUGACCUCGUCCUCGGCACCUGCUGCCUCCUCAAGUCGGACGCCAGAGAACGGUGGUACCGUGCCGAAAUAGUUCACGUGGACGUCACGUUGGGCCUGAAGCUGGUGGAUCACGGCCAGUACGAGCGCAUAGCGCGAAGCGACUCCUGGAAGCUGAAGAUGCUCCCUGCAGAAAUGAGGAACCUCCCCAGAGUGACGCACAGCUGCGUCCUGCGGGGCGUGAACCCAGCUGGAGGCGACGGACGGUGGACUGACGAGGGACUGGCCUUCUUCCAGGAGUGCUUGUUCCACAAGACCCUGCAGAUCUUCUUCAGGGAGUUCGUAGCCAACACACAUUGGAAGGUGGACGUCGUCACCGACGGUGUCCAUGUGGCGAAGCAGCUGGUGGAUGCUGGCCACGCUCAGUACGUGGACGCCCUGCUCCCACUCAGAUACCGCGAGAAUUCAGCUUGCCGGCAAGGUUAG